AUGUGGGGGCUUCCCUCUCUGCCCGUGCUGCUGGCGCUGGCCCCUUUCCUCUGGGGCUCCGACGGGGGGCUCCGCCGGCGCUCGCAGCGGGUGCAGCACGGGCGCUGCAGCUACACCUUCGUCCUGCCCGAGGCCGACCUGCCCCCCUGCCGGCAGCAGCAGGAAUUGCUCCUCGGGGCGGAGACCUUCGACGGCAACGCCUUGCAGCGCGACGCCCCCCUCGGCCCUGCCGACCCCCGCCACGACCCCCCGGCGCGGAGGGUGCAGCAGCUGGAGAGGGUCCUGGAGAACAACACCCAGUGGCUGCUGAAGCUGGAGAGCUACAUCCAGAUGAACAUGAAGUCGGAGAUGGUGCAGAUGCAGCAGAACGUGGUGCAGAACCAGACGGCCACCAUGCUGGAGAUCGGGACCCACCUCUUGAACCAGACAGCCGAGCAGACCAGGAAGCUGACGGACGUGGAGGCUCAGGUGCUCAAUCAGACCUCCCGGAUUGAGAUCCAACUCUUGGAGAACUCCCUGUCCACAAACAAGCUGGAAACGCAGCUCCUGAUUCAGACCAAUGAGAUCCAGAAAUUGCAGAACUGGAACAGCCUUCUAGAGACGCGAGUCCAGGAGAUGGAGAAGAAGCACUUGCUAGAGCUGGAGGGGAGCCGGCAGGAGAAGGAGCAGCUGCAGCAGCUGGUCGUCCACCAGAGCAGCACCAUCGAGGGCCUGGAGAAGACCCUCCUGGCCACCAACAGCAAUAGCAGCCUUCUCCAGCAGCAGCAGAUGCAGCUCCUGGAGUCCGUCCAGAAUCUGGUCCAGCUGGUCUCCCUGGGCAAAGUUCCGUUGAAGAAAGACGACCGGCUGUUCCAAGACUGCGCCGAGAUCCAGCAGUCUGGACUCAACCUCAGCGGGGUUUAUGCUCUGCACAUCAACAAUCUGACAGAGCCCCGAAAGGCCUAUUGCGAUAUGGAGACGGACGGCGGAGGGUGGACCGUUAUCCAGCGACGCAUGAAUGGCAGCGUCAGUUUCCAGCAGAACUGGAAGGAGUACAAGCAGGGCUUUGGGGACCCCCCUGGAGAAUACUGGCUGGGCAAUGAAGCCGUCCACCUCCUAACCAACCAGGGAGCCUACUCUUUGCGCGUGGAGCUGCUGGAUUGGGAAGGGAAUCGCGCCUACGCCCAGUACGAGAAGUUCCAGCUGGGGAGCGAGCGUCAGAAAUACAGGCUUUCCUUGAGAGGCUAUAAGGGCACUGCGGGGAAGCAGAGCGGCUUGGUCUUCCAAGGGACCGGCUUCAGCACGCGUGACUCGGAUAACGACAACUGCAUCUGCAAAUGCGCCCAGAUGCUUUCCGGAGGGUGA